AGUUGGGUUUGACAGUCAUGGCAGCCAGCAGUAGUCGGAUUGCAACAGUACUUUCUUCUACUCAGCACCACCAGUCCAGUUCAAGCCAAGAAGAAGAGAUUAAUAUUUUUUUGAAGAUUAUGAGAACUGUGGCCUUAACGGUCAAUAGAUCUGAGACGAUAAAAGAUCUUAAAGCACUGUUAUGUGAGAAGUAUGGAUUUCCAGAACAUCAUCAGGAGCUCUUCUUGGGUGGUGAUAUGCUCGUGGACUGCCAAAGUCUAGUUGACUGUGGAGUUCAGAGGGACUCCACUGUUCAUCUUGUUCUCCAGAAUACUGUCGGGAUCAAAUUAUUUGUCAAACUACCAUCAAGUCAGCGCACCAUUGAGAUUGAAGCAAAAGCUCAUGACACCAUCCGAAACAUCAAGGCCAUGAUUCAGGCCAAGAAGAUGAUUCCAACGGAUCAGUUUACUCUUUUAUAUGGUGGAGAAUUACUUGAAGAGGACAGCACUCUGACCUCAUUAGGUAUCAAUAACAUGUCAACCCUGCAAAUGAUUUCUGCUCCUAAAGAUGUCCUUUCAAUAUCUGUGAAAACACCAUCAGGUGAGACUGUUAAACUCAAGGUUAGAGCCUUGUUCACUGUCAAUGAUGUCAAAAACAUAGUUGGGAACACUUUAGGUAUCUCAGUCAGUGAUCAGAAUCUGAUCUAUUCCGGAAAUCAGCUUGAGGAUCUCAAGACAUUGGCUUUUUAUGACAUCAAAGAUAAAUAUGUAUUGGAGAUGUCACCUCCUUUGUUUCAGAUAUUUGUUAAAGUUUUUGAUGGCAGAACCCUAACUAUUUAUGUGAAGCAGUCUGAUGUUGUUGAAGAUGUGAAGGUCAAGGUUUUCCGCAAGCUUGAAUUGUCUAUGAAGCCUUACUAUUAUUGUAGGCUUUUGUUUGGUGGGAAAUUUCUUAUUAAUGGUCGGGAUCUAGGAAGCUACAACAUACAGAAGGACUCCACCCUUAGUUUGGUUCUGUCAACAAACGUUGUCUAGAGGGUUGUAGGUUAGCGUGGUUAGCUAUCUUUUGCAGAUUAGCAGCAGCAACUAUAUUUUGGCGCAGGUGAGGUUAUCUAGAAAAGAUUAAUUUGAAAUGCAAUGUGCUUAGAAUAGGGUACAACUGUGCAGAGCUCACUGUGGGUAUGUGCAGUGUUGGCCUGAACAGAACAAGUUGCUACAUGUGGAUAUUGGCUUAAGAAAAACAAA